UGCAUGUUUAUUCUUCUUUCCCGUUAACCAUUGUCGGUCGAUAUAGUUUUAGGUUACGGCUCGCGAGAAAAGUGAUAGAGAUUUAACUCCAAAUCGAAGUCCUGAUUUGAGAUUCUUCUUCGUCUGUAUAUCACGAAUCUCUAGCCAUAGCCCAUAUUUUUCUUCGUCUGUCUCUCAGUGUAAUGUUCUGCGAGAAAUUCGAGUCUCAGAUGUGAUCUGUCGGCGUCUAUGGAUGGUGUUGAUUUGAUUAGGGUUUUGUUGGAAUUUAUCUCUGCUCUACGCCUGCGACGACCAGUACUUGUUGGAUCCGAAAGUUGCUUGAAGUAUAUUGCUCCUUCCCUGUACAAGACUGCAAUCACAGUGGCUCAUACAUUGAUCUCUACGGUUACUACAUAUCUACUUUCCACCUCGGAAGAGACUCCCAUUUUCAAAGAUUGGAUCAAUGGUUUGCAAACCCUGUACCGCCCACAAGAUUGCGUCUGUCCUAUGGUUUUUACUCGAGGAAGGACCAAAACUGACAUAAAAAGUGAAAUAUGCAUUGAUGAGAUAAUAAGCCAUCGAUACAGUGGGAUAUCAGAAACAGUAUUUACUGGAUCUUUGCAAAUUUCUAAAACUGGCGAUGGUGUAGUUCGCUUGAUGGAAGGAAAUACAUAAAUAAGAGCUUAAUGUUUCUUGGUAAUGUCAUCAAUAAGCCAAGUGAAAGUUCAAAGCUAAGGGCACAUAUUCCGAAUUGAGAUAGUAAGCCCACUCGAAGUCUUCAGCUUGCGCUUGGUGGUAAUUAAUGCGAUGACUUGCAUUAUAUGCACUAUGGUAACAGUGAUAGCCUAUGGAUUUGACUCAUUUUCAUCCAUAGUUUAUAGGUGUUUUUACUAAUAAUUAUUAUAUUAUAGAGUCUAUUUAUUAUAUUUAUAAGAUCAGGAGUAUUUUGGAGAUAAGUGAUGAUUUUAGAGCAUUUU